UCCGACACUAUAUCCGCGAUUAAUUCUAUAACUGCCGACAAUAUAUUCGAAUAUUACAAACGGGAAAGGCCAGAUAGCGACAUUUCGCAACUAUAUCACAUGGUAGCCAAAGAUUUGGAAGAUGUCCUCGACUCAAAUUUCUUUAAAGAAGAUACGACGCGUGUUCUGAAGGACAUUAAAUAUAAUUGGGUUGAAGUAGGGACUGCGGGUCGCUUACUUCUGGUGUAUGAGGAUUGCGGUCGCUCAUAUAACCCUGAUCGGUGGCAACUUGAGGAUUGCGGUCGCUCAAGUUUGGAAGUCCGAGGAUUGCGGUUGCUUGGACCUAAACCACUCCUGUCGCAUUCCCCAACCACGUGGAAAAAACAACGCAUUCAAUUAUAUAAAGGUGAAGCAAAGAUCAAUAAUCAGAAGGCCAGUCGCAAUGUCCAGUUUCAAAAGUGCGUCACAAAAUAUCAGGGAGGUAUCGCCAAAGUUACUAUUGCAGAAGUUGAUAAAUGGGUUGAAGAAGCGGAAAACGCUGACGAAGUCCGUGAAAACAAAAAAAAAAGAAAACGUCGAGAUGCGAUAGAUAUUAAAGAAACUGAAACUUCUCAAGAGAAGGUGAUCACAAAUAAAGUUGAUCAAGAGGAAGAAACCAGGGUUGCGGUUGAAACAAAAAUAAAGCAGAAAAAAAUUGGUCAACUUUUUGAUGAAAUGAGGAAACGUAGCAUAUAUAUAUUGGUUAAACCAUUUAAAUCGUUAUCUCAAGAAGAUGCGGAGGACCUAUUUGAGAGAAUAACUCAAAACACCGUUGUUAAAAUUGAUCUUCCAAAUUUUAUCGAAAAAUAUUUACAAGAUUUACUUGAUGGAGAUAUUGAAGGUGUGUUUCUGAAAGUUAGAAAUCCACCCAGCAAGGAUUCGCAACCUCUACUUUUAUGGACGAGUGAAAUUAAUGCUAUUCCUAUUUUUAGCGGUGAAAUCAUCAAUGAAGCACACAAGGAUCGGAUUUAUAAUAUAAAUAUAGAUCAAAGACCAACAAGUUCUAAUAGAGGAGAUAAAAAUGAUGCGGUUAUAUAUCAAGAUCAAAAUGCCACAAUCAUUUAUGAACAGUCUUUCGGUCCAACAGAAUUCGAUGAGACACAUUAUUUAGAAGACAUAACUAAAUUGGCAAGGAAUGGUGUGGACGAUCUAAACUUCCAUUUUAUUCAAUAUAGUAAUUCUUCGAUAAUGACAGCAAAAAAUUUUAAGUCUAUUAGUAUUCACGGAUAUAAAUAUUUUAUAUCAGUUUAUCUUACGGAUCUUGUUAGGAUUAGAACUUAUAGAAUAUACGAAAUAUAUAAAUGCAAGAUUCCAACAUCAUUCACAGAGCGGUGGUUGCUUAAAAAAAUUGCAAAUCUUGGCGUUUAUCUGGAGACACUACUUACAGAACGUCAAUCUAUAAGAGCAAAAAUGUGUGAAGAAGAUGCUAACAUGGAAAAUAAUCACGAUUGUAUAUCCGAUUGGAUAACAAUACCAGAUAACACUCCUGAUAAAAGAAUAAAGUAUCAGCAAAAAAAUAAUAUUGCCAUUUCUUGGUGA